UGUUAUAAUUUCCUUUGCUUCGGAUACAAAAGAAAAAACAAAAAAAUCAAAACAAAACACAAGUGGUUGCUGAUUUUUGCCACUGCAUUAUCAGCUUCUGGUUGCUAAAGGGGAUGUUGGGAUUUGAUUGAGCUUCUCUGAAAACCGUCUUCUGGGUUUUAAAAUUUAGAGGAAAGUAUGAAUUUGGGAAUUUGUUUCUCAUAUCAAAAUCCAUGCUUUUGAGCUCAGUAUCAGGUAUUAGACUGUCAUUUUUCUGGCUAGAAGUUCAUAGAUUGUAUGCAGCUUCCGAGUUUUUUGUUUUUUUGUUUUUAUUAAUUGUCGGCUGUUUGUGAUAGAGUUUGGGAAUCUGCUGUGGUUGUUCAUUUUCGCUGCGAGAGACAAUUGAAAAUCCAGGUUUCUUUUGAGAUUGCCGGCGAUUGUUUCUUAUCAUGUUGAAACGGAUACUUUGAUGCCUUUGAAAUCCAAGGAUCAAUAUUUCAGGUGUAAAGGAAGUUCUCUCUUACUCUUGCUGCGAGGUGCUGAUUUUCUAGUGGCUUUUUGUGUAUGAUCAUGGAUUGGCAGAAAUAAUUUUGUGGGUUUGUUAAUUCAAAGAAUCGGGAUUUCAUUUAUGAGCAAUUCAUUACUUUCUGAAAUUGAUUGAUAAUUCAGGGAGGUAUUCUGUAUGAUCAUGGAGAAGCAGAGCAGUUUCAAGGGACGAACAAUGGAGAAACAGCAAAGUUUUAAACAGAAGGUGAUGGAAAAACUUCCAAGUUUUCGAGGUGGAACAGAAAAUCAAUCCACUUCCCGAGGAGUAAUGGAAAAACAUCCCAGCUUUCGGGGAGCACUAGAGAAACAGAAGAGUUUUCGUGGAUUUGUAGAAAACCAGAAGACGUUUCGCUCCGUGAUGGAGAGACAACUUAGUUUUAUUGGAGGUGGUGAGAGGAAGAAGAGCAAGGAGUCGCCUGGAAAGCGAGGUGACUCACAGAUCCAUUUGGCAGCUCGAGCAGGGAAUUUGAGUCGAAUUAGGGAGAUCCUUCAGAAUUGUGAUGGUAAUCAUGCAAAGGAUUUGUUGGCAAUUCAGAAUCAAGAAGGAGAAACUCCCCUCUAUGCAGCUGCAGAGAAUGGUCAUGCAGGAGUAGUUGCAGAGAUGUUGGGAUACAUGGACUUGCAGACUGCAUCAAUAGCAGCUAGGAAUGGAUUUGAUCCAUUCCAUGUUGCAGCUAAGCAGGGUCAUCUUGAGGUAUUGAAGGAACUUUUGCAUGGUUUCCCCAACUUGGCCAUGACCACAGAUUUAUCCUGUACAACUGCCUUACACACAGCUGCUGCUCAAGGACACAUUGAUGUAGUUAAUCUCCUUCUGGAAACAGAUUCAAAUCUAGUUAAAAUUGCUCGGAAUAAUGGUAAAAGUGCCCUUCAUACUGCUGCAAGGAUGGGACACUUGGAAGUCGUCAGAUCCAUAUUAAGCAAGGAUCCAAGCACUGGCCUUAGAACUGAUAAGAAAGGACAAACUGCACUGCACAUGGCUGUGAAAGGGCAAAAUAAGGAAAUUGUGCUUGAAUUGUUAAAAGCUGACAUCUCUGUUAUGAGCUUGGAAGAUAAUAAAGGAAACACAGCAUUGCAUAUUGCAACAAAGAAGGGCCGUAUACAGAAUGUACGUUGCUUGUUAUCAGUUGAAGGUAUCAAUGUCAAUGCAACUAACAAGGCUGGAGAAACCCCACUUGACAUUGCAGAAAAACUUGGCAUUUCACAGGUUGUGUCCAUGUUGAAGGAACUAGGGGCUUUCAAUUCUAAAGAUCUUGGAAAACCACCAAAUCCGGCAAAGCAACUUAAGCAGACGGUCAGCGACAUAAAACAUGAAGUUCAGUCCCAGCUUCAGCAGACCCGUCAAACGGGUUUCAAAGUGCAGAAGAUCGCAAAGAAGUUGAAGAAACUCCAUAUUAGUGGCCUCAACAAUGCUAUCAAUUCUGCAACUGUUGUUGCUGUGCUCAUAGCCACAGUCGCUUUUGCAGCCAUUUUCACUGUGCCUGGGCAAUAUGUUGAGGAUAAAACUGAAGGAACGUCUCUGGGGCAAGCUCAUAUAGCAAAAAAUCCAGCUUUCUUAGUCUUCUGUGUGUUUGAUAGCCUGGCAUUAUUCAUUUCGCUAGCUGUUGUCGUAGUUCAAACCUCAGUUGUUGUGAUUGAACAGAAGGCAAAGAAACAGCUCGUUUUUGUCAUUAACAAGCUCAUGUGGCUGGCUUGCCUCUUUAUUUCAGUUGCCUUUAUUUCUCUCUCUUACGUGGUGGUGGGUCAGAAGUCAAGGUGGCUGGCUAUUUGUGCAACGGUAAUUGGUGGUUCGAUCAUGCUUACUACAAUUGGCUCCAUGUGCUAUUGUGUGAUUUUGCAUAGAAUGGAGGAGUCAAGAUUGAGGAGUAUAAGGAGGGAGAGUCGAUCCGGUUCUUACUCUAUGUCUAUGGUAUCAGACCAUGAGGUCUUGGACAGUGAAUAUAAGAGGAUGUAUGCACUGUAAGGACAUCAUAAUGGAGAGAAAUGAAUCACCUAUGAGCAGCUGCAUUAUUAUUCUAGUCUAUAUUAUGAAAAUAGCUACAUGAUUCUAAUGAUCUUAAAUGGUAAUGAAAUUCUCUUGCAAGUUGCAUUCAGGUGUUGCGGCACUGGAAUAAUUCGAAGAGACGAAUAGAGAUUCAGAUUCAGCGAUUGAAAGACGCCUGUGCAUAUGGUCAUCCCUUUUGGUUUACUUCUGCAAGAAGGUGCUUUCGACAAGAUGCUGGUUUUUUUUUUGUGAAGCAUCCACACUAGGGUGAGCUCUUGUUACUGUUUGAAUCUGAUUUACAAAUAGUUACAGAUUUGAUAAAGGCUCAAAUUUGGGCAGAAGGAGUUGAUGACUGAUGCCCUUUCUUGGGUCCGGUUGGAUUGUAUUUUGUAUGCAUGGGAAAAUAUAACAGUGAAAUUAUAUUUGUAGUUAAUGUAGAAAAGCUUACCUACAUGACAUGGUAUUAAUUUCUUUCCAGCUUCCUUGUGCA